AUGUUAGUGGCAAUAAUAUUUCUGAUUUACGUCCAAGCCGGUGAGUUAUCGAAUCUUCGUAUAUGGGGAGGAAGAGACGCAGAACCAAACGAAUUUCCAUACGUAGUCGCAAUAGAAACCCGCAAAAAGAAAGGCAAAGAAUCAACAGAAACAUUCAGUUCUCAUUGUACAGGAUCCCUCAUAGCUCCAUGUUGGACGCUCACCGCCGGUCACUGUGUUGAAUUCGCCCCUAGUAGACAAAUCAAACUUGUCAUAACCUAUACGAUGGAUGGCAAAAAGACACGCUACAAUGUACUUUAUAUGAUAGCCCAUCAAAAUAUGAUUCUAAAUCUAAAGAAUGCUGCAAAUGACAUAGGACUCAUGAAGAAUGAGGAAGUAAAAGAUGUGACUUACGCCAAAUUGAGCGCGGUGGACUACACGACGUUUGUUGGGCUAGAAGCCCUGUCUGUUGGUUAUGGGGUGAUGAAUACAGAUAAUGGUUUGGAAUCAGCGUCGUCGGAUAAUAAUACUUUGCAGGUUAUGGAAGUGAUGUUCAUAAGAUGCUUCGACCUCAAUCUGAAUAAGCCAGCAAUGUGCACGACGACAAAAUGUGGUGUAAACAGCUUCAUUUGUUCAGGUGAUUCUGGCGGACCAAUCAUACACAAAUCGGGUGUUGUGGCCGUCCAUAGUAUGGGCCACGGCUGUCGAAAAACAAACAUAUUACCAAGAAAAUUAGGCGAAUUUGAAAUCGCUGGUAUUUCUGCACCUGUGAGUCCAUAUUUCAGUUGGAUUUUGGAGCAAAUGAGACUUGGAAAUGUUUAAAACUUGGAGAAUGUGGUCUACUCUGUAACUGCAGAAUCACAGAAUGUUAUCAUUUAUCUUGAAAUUUGGUAGACAGACAGAUAGGCAUAGGCAGACCUACCUGCCUUUGCCCUCGCACAUGCGUAGA